CCUGUCCUACUCAUACAGCGCCGUUUAGACAAGGAAAAUGUCGACUUUGUUCAUGAAUUGCGCCAGAUGGCUCCAAGUCCAACCUUGUUCCCUGCAAAUUUCCCCCGAAAACAUUUCUAGGGUUCAGCAACAUUUCUCUUCUCUUUCUCCCGCAUAAACAAUUUCCAUCUUUCACCUUCUACCUCUCAAUUUGAUAUAUCUUUCAGCCUCUUAUCUGUAAGCGGUUGUUCUCGUGAUUUUGCCAGACGUCGUCGUUUCUUUCCUCUUCUUAGGGUUUACAUUGCGCGUCAGACAUUGUUUCCCUAUGUAAUUCUCAAUCCCCUUUAUCAACAUUCUCUCCAAUUGGGCGUCAGCCCUGUAGUUUGAGUGUGGUAUUGAUUUUGGCAAUUAUCUUUGAGAAUUCUUAGGGUUAAGAUAACAAUUUUGAUAGUCUCUGGUUCUUGUUAUUUCAGCUUGUCAUUCCCAGUUGGGUUUGCAAAAGCCUUGUUUGGUUUCUAAAUGCCAAGAACGGAAGGUUAUUUGCUAUAGGGUUUUGCUAUUGAUAUUGUUGCUAGUGGUUGGCGGUCGGUUUACUGGGGCAUUGUUAAGUUGGGAUGAAUAGUGUUUUCAGUGAACAGAUACUUGCAGACAAGCUUUCUAAGCUGAACAGCACCCAACAAUGUAUUGAAACUUUGUCACAUUGGUGCAUAUUUCAUCAAAGCAAAGCAGAGCAAGUUGUUGCAACAUGGGAUAAACAAUUCCACAGUUCACAGAUGACUCUAAAAGUUCCUUUAUUGUAUCUUGCAAAUGAUAUCCUACAGAACAGUAAGCGUAAAGGAAAUGAAUUUGUCUCAGAGUUUUGGAAGGUUCUUCCUACAGCACUUAAAGAAGUUGUUGAGAAAGGUGAUGAUCGGGGCAAGAGUGUGGUCUCUCGAUUGGUGAACAUAUGGGAAGAAAGGAGAGUAUUUGGAUCCCGUGCUUGAAGCCUCAAAGAUGUAAUGCUCAGUGAAGAUGUACCUCCACCAUUGGAGUUCAGCAAAAAACGUUCUCGCUCUGUAAAAAUUGUGAAACGGGAUUCUCGAUCCAUUAGAACGAAAUUGACCAUUGGAGGUGCUGCGGAAAAAAUUGUAUCAGCAUUUCACUUGGUGGUCAGUGAACAUCUCACUGAAGAAGCAGAGAUGAGUAAUUGUAAGUCUGCAGUCAACCGUGUGAGGAAGAUGGAGAAAGAUGUUGAUAUUGCCUGUAGUAAUGGAAAAGAUCCAAAAAGAAAAAUUUUAGCCAAAGACCUAGAGGAGGAAGAAAAUCUUUUGAAGCAAUGUAUUGAGAAACUAAAAUCAGUUGAAGCAAGUAGAGUAGCACUUGUGUCUCAGUUAAAAGAAGCUCUACACGAACAGGAGUCCGAACUGGAGAAUAUUCGAACUCAGAUGCAGGUUGCCCAGGCACAAGCUGAGGAAGCCAACAACAUGCGAAAGCGGCUUAAUGAUGAAGAUUAUGUACCCAGUGCAUGUACUUCCACAACCCAGCUCAUUGAUACAAAUGCAAAAGCAGGACAAACAACUAAGAGGACAGCUGCAGCCAUUGCUGCUGAAGUAGCAGAUAAGCUUGCAGCUUCCAGUUCCUCUCAAAUGAUUAUGCACUCUGUUCUUUCUACAUUUGCAGCAGAAGAAGCAAAGAAUGCUGGAUUAACAAAGGUCUCAACACCGUCAAAUUCAUUAGCGGCCGUGCCCACGAAUUCAGUUAUUGAUUCAUUGUCAAAGCCUGAGAAGUCCUUGGCUAUUUCAGAUCCCAGUGUUUUUAUGCCUGCAGGGUCACUUUCUGCUCCAUCUAACCAUUCGUAUCAGCCAGUUUUGUUGUCCCCACCAACCAUGCAGAACCAGGCCCAUAGCUCUCAAGCUCAAUUUCACAUGCUUCCAAACCCAUCCCAACAAUAUUUGCAGCCAUCAGGGGGUAUUAUGACCCCGUAUGGCUAUGGAAGCAUUUCUCCCUUGCCCCCGGGGCCACCCCCACCCCCACCCUACAUGGUGAGUCCAAUGGUUUCUUUGGCUCAACAGCCAUCACAGAUAACUCAGCAGCAACAAAUGCCUAUGGCACAGCAGCAGGCCCCAAUAACUCGGCAGCAACCAAUGCCUUUAAACCAACAAGCACCAGGUCCUCCUAGUUUUCGCUCUCUUCAGCCACCUGUGAUGGUGUAUUAUGGUCACCCUCCCCAUUCUUAGCGAAAAAAUUACUUUUAGGCGGGUAGAUAGUAUAAUCAUUAUUACCAUGUUUUUAGGGCUGAAUCAGUUUCUGGAGUAUUUUGAAAUUUUGUUUAUUAUAAUCAGUCUGGCUGAGGUUACAAUAUAUAGAAAUCUGAAAAUAAUUUAAAAGGAAAUUUUAUCAAAACAGCAAGUAGCAACUGGGAAAGGGGACAUUGGAGGUGGCAUUUGGCUUGACCAUCAAGUUGAAAGGACGAAGGUUUAUUUAUUUAUUUUAGCGAGGUUGGAUCAGAUCAUUUCAGUUGGGUUGUUUUUGGAGAUGUUCAUUUUCAGGUAAAUUUUCAGUAGCUCGGGUUUGAGGAAAAGUUUGAAGCUUUUGAGAAUUCAUUUACUCUGGUUUGGAUUACUCAAUGGGUGGCACCCUUUUGGAAAUGCAUUUAUGGUUGUUUGGGUUAAUUUUGUAAAUUAAAUUGUUCAUAUUUCUAAGUUUUUAAUAGAGGUUAAUUUGUAAUUUCAGUUUUUA